AUGGCCUCACCAGCUAGCAGAUUCACAUCAGCACUUCGCAUAGCAAACAGAAGAUACCCCGCACUGAGAUGUACGGCGCCGUCAAGAGCUCGGAUUGGUCAGGAUCAGAUCAGGGGAUUCUCCAAUUCACCACGAUGGCAGAUCAGAACGAAAGAAAUGAACGAUGACUUGCUUAGGGAUUUGAAGGUCAAUCAGGGGAGGCUCAUGGAAGAUAUACAUCAUACAUGUCAAUGGGGCACAGGAGAGCGAUGGGGAGAGCAUGUUGGCCCUGCUCCCACGGAGACUGGCAUGUCUCGCCUGGCACUUUCAGACGCCGACAAAUCCGCACGUGACUGGUUCGUCUCCACAACAGAGGCCCUUGGUUGUAAGGUCACCAUAGAUGCCAUGGGCAACAUAUUCGCUGUCCGCCCAGGGCUGCGGAACGACAAACCCCCAACUUUCGUAGGAAGCCAUCUAGACACGCAGCCUACAGGGGGGCGCUAUGAUGGUAUCCUUGGUGUAACUGCAGGCAUUGAGAUGCUGAAAGUGCUUGCUGAUAACUGGGUCGAGACAGAGUAUCCCGUAGGCGUAGUCAACUGGACGAAUGAAGAAGGCGCGCGUUUCCCUAAAUCUAUGGUAUCUUCGGGCGUCUGGGCGGGUGAUAUACCUGUGGAGGAUGCGCACAGCCUCCGUGAAGUCCAUCCUGGAACCGCAACCAUGGCCUCGGAGCUCAAGCGGAUCGGAUAUCUAGGAGAAACUCCAGCGAGUUACGAGGCCACGCCCAUGGCGGCCCACUUUGAGCUGCAUAUAGAGCAGGGCCCGUUACUGGAGAUGGCUAACAAGAAGAUUGGCGUUGUGACGGGUGUGCAGGCGUACAAAUGGUUUACGGUUAAUGUCAAGGGGAGAGAUACGCACACCGGAACUACAGAUCUGAAGAGCAGGGCGGACGCGCUGUUGACGGCCAGCAAGAUGAUACUGCAUUCCCACCGCCUAGCAACUGCCAACACUGCCCUAGCAUCAACAGGCAUCCUGAACCUGAAGCCUGGAUCGACCAACACAGUGCCUGGCCAAGUCUCCUUCAGCCUCGACAUCCGGGCACCCAAAGACUCGACAGUCGCGACCAUGACGGAGCUGGUUCUGCGCGACUUCCCGAGGAUUGCAGCAGGCGAGGACGUAGACGGCUCGAAUCUGGGCUGCACCUCGGGCUUACCGCUUUCCGUUGAAAUAGUAGAAGACUUCAAUAGCCCCGCGACGCUGUUCCACUCCGACUGCAUAACGUCCGUCCACCAGUCUGCCCAUCACAUCCUCGGCCCUAAUUCUCACAAUUUGAUCAUGGACAUGACGUCUGGGGCUGGCCACGAUAGCGUGUACGCUUCGAAGCGCUGCCCGACGAGCAUGAUCUUUGUACCGUGUAGAGAGGGCGUGAGUCACAACCCGAGGGAGUUUUGCAAAGAGGAGGAUUGCGCGCUGGGUGCGCAGGUUCUGCUACAGAGUGUGGUGAGGUUCGACCGGAUGCGGGAUGAGAGGAGGGUGAGUUGGAAGCAGGAGCCUUGGACGGUCUGA